AUGGCGGCUCGUGCUGCUCCAGACGUCGCUUCUCUGUCAAGGAUGGCUGGAACAGUGGCGGCCACACUGGCGGCCCUUAGUCCUCCAGGCGUAGCUGCUCUGUCGAGGAGGGCUGAAACAGAGGCGUCCACACCGGGGGCCCGGUCUGCUCCAGAGAUCGCUGCUCUGUCGAGGAAGGCUGGAACACAGGGGGACACACUAGCGGUCCCUGCUCCUCCAGUCGUCGCUGUUCUGUCGAGGAAGGCUGGAACAGAGACGACGAAAAUGGCGGCCCGUGCUGCUACAGACGUCGCUGCUCUGUCGAGGAAGGCUGGAAACGAUGCGGCCACACUGGCGGCCUGUUCUGCUGCAGACGUCGGUGGUCUGUCGAGGAAGGCAGGAACAGAGGUGGCCACUCUGGUGGCCCAUGCUGUUCCUGACGUCGCUGCUCUGUCGAGGUAG